AUGAAGGUUGAAAUUGAUUCCUUUUCCGGUGCCAAGAUCUACCCAGGUAGAGGUACUUUGUUUGUCCGUGGUGACUCCAAGAUCUUCAGAUUCCAAAACUCUAAGUCCUCUUCUUUGUUCAAGCAAAGAAAGAACCCAAGAAGAGUCCACUGGACCGUUUUGUUCAGAAGACACCACAAGAAGGGUAUCACCGAGGAAGUCGCCAAGAAGAGAUCCAGAAAGUCUGUCAAGGCUCAAAGACCAAUCGUUGGUGCUUCUUUGGAAUUGAUCAAAGAGAGAAGAUCUGUUAGACCAGAUGUUAGAAAGGCUCAAAGAGAAGAAAAAUUGAAGGCUGACAAGGAAAAGAAGAAGGAAGCUAAGGCUGCUAGAAAGGCUGAGAAGGCUAAGCUAGCUGCUUCUGGUGGUUCCAAGAUCUCUAAGCAACAAGCUAAGGGUGCUUUCCAAAAGGUUGCUGCCACUUCUCGUUAA